AGCCUGUUCAACUAACAACAUUUCGGUCACAGUCACAUAAAGUCUUAAUAUAUAUAUAUAUAUAUUUUCUAUUUCAAACUCAUUCUUCAUUCUCAUUCACAAACAAUGAGCGCUAAUAAGUGUCCCGAUCUUCAUGAGCGCGCCACACGUAUUCACGAACCGGGUCGAGUCUGUCGCGAGCAGCUCUAUUUGCGCGCCAAGCGGGUCAAGCGAGAGGUGCCCGCGUUUACCUAUCAGGCAUUGCAGAGGGGCACCUUUGUAAAGCCACCCAAAAAAAUCGACAUAUUUAAACGUCAACCGGUUAAGGAGACCGUCUUCAAGAUCUACUUUAUGCGUGGCGAUAUUCCUGUGGCUCUCUCCGGUCGCAGCAACAAGCAGGAUCCCAUCAAGGAUCGUCCGUUGCGCUGGCACUGCAAGCCCGAGACUCUCGACUACUGCUACUAUCUGCCCAUCUUCCUAGAUGGCUUGGCCGACAUUGAUAGCGACACACGUAUGCUGGCUGUGAAUGCAGCCGUCGAUCUGAUCAUGAGGCAGCCCCACAAGGUGCUCCCCGUGCUGCCCAAGCUCAUACUUCCGCUCAAGCGCGCCUUUCAGACACGAGACAAGCGCAUCAUUAUCUCUGCCCUCCAGGUGUUGCAACUGAUGGUGCGAUUGGGCCCCUGCGUGGGACAAGCCCUGGUGCCCUUCUAUCGCCAACUGCUGGCUGUAUGCAAUCUGUACAAGAAUGUGAACGUCAAUCUCGGCGAGGGCGUCGAUCCAGAUCGCAGUAAGCGCAUUGGCGAUGUCAUUGAGGACACUCUGAAGCUACUCGAGUUCUGUGGUGGACCCAAUGCCUUCAUUAAUAUUAAGUACAUGGUGCCGACCUAUGAGAGCAGCGUCUUUCCUCGCUGCCAGGUUACCACUGGGCAAGAUGCGGGGUCCAUUUCGUGAUAAGCAUUCCAGUUCCCAAAUUUGUUUGGUUCGGUUUCUGAGUUCGCUAAUUGAAAACAAAUUAUCAUCAGUUUGGUUCGAAAUUCUAUGCAAUAAAUGAAAUCAGCACGAUCUAUGAUCCCU